AUGGUGCCCGAUCCCGUCGAGGACGACACACUGGGGGGCUCUGCUUCCCCGGCCUCGUCCUCGUCGCGUCACAGACAAUCUGUGAGCGACGGAGCACAGCAGACGAUUCCCGGCGCCGAGAUUCGGAGCCAGAGUCCGCAAAGAGCGGCCAGAAAGCGGCGACGGACGACAAGAGCCUGCGACGAUUGCCGACGCAAGAAAAUCAGGUGUGAUGGCAAGAGGCCAUGUUCGAGCUGUGCCGCCUUUGACUCCAGUUGCAACUAUACCAAUUUAUCCACGCGAGGGUUUAGCUCGCUGCAACAAAAGGCAUACACGGCUGAGACUCUGCUUCACAAGCUCUUGCCCCAUGUCGAUCUGGAUAAUCCAGACGAAGUUGCUUCACUGCUGGAGCAACCAGCACAUUCCGCCCGAUCUGUCCUAAAAGGUCUAUCUCAUGACCAAAGGUCGUUCAGGGAUGAUGCCGCGGCGGCCAACGAGACCCCCGACAAAACAGCGAAUGCUGCGAGGCGAAUGCCUCUGGUCGAGAAUGUUGGCCAACUGGAUCUGACCGCGACCGGCGAAUACGAUUUCCAUGGCAUGUCGUCAGGGGCGGCCUUCUUAAGCCGUAUCACCCAGCAGUUCCCGGGUUUGUCUCGAUACGAUUCCAGAACGCCAUUCUUGCCUCAGCCUGGACGACCUUUUCUACCCAAAUCAUCUGGGCUCCUUGGGCAUUCGGCAACUUCUUGGUCCCAUGUCAGCGAUGGCUUUUCUCCAGUACCCCCCCAGCCUUUUGCCCGCGAUUUGUGCGAGUUCGCCUUCAGCAGGGCUACCUGCAUUCUGCCGGUGGUUCAUGCCCCGUCAUUUUGGCGCAUGUUCCACAGGCUCUACGAAGAACGACCCCAGAAAUACACGCCCGAGGAACGGAGGUUCGUAGGGCUCCUUUUCUCCGUCAUGGCUUUGGGGUCCAUGUACGAUGUUGACGAGAAUGACCCGACAAAUCCCGACCACUACGCUGUGGCAAUGGAGCGAGGGUACAAGUUCUACACUUUGGCGAAGCAUUACCUUCAAGAUGUAACCGAGUGUAGUGACAUGACUACCUUGCAAGCGCUUGUGUUUAACAUUCAGUUUUUGCAAGCCACUGGUGAACUAAACAGCUGCCAUACCCUCAUCGGCAUCGCCCUUCGCUCUGCCCUACGAAUGGGCUUGCACCGUCAUCUGCCUGCCAUCUCGCUCGGGCCGAUAAAGGACGAGACGAGGCGGAGGGUGUUCUACACCAUUCGGCAAAUGGACAUCUACCUUUCCACCACUCUCGGACUACCUCUUCUCCUAGAAGAGAAAGACAUUGAUCAGCCCUGGCCGUCCGAGGUGGAUGACGAAUACAUCACAGAUAGUGGAAUCGAGUGGCCACCGCCCGGGACUCCUUCCAUGCUUGAAGCAUCAAAUGCGAAUUUAAGGCUCAUGCACAUCCUCGCCAAAGUCGUUCGCGACAUCUACCCGCCCACAAGGGCCGAUGAUGGUUCCGCCGAGACCUAUAUGAUCAGCUUCUCUAAAAUUCGGGAGUUGGAGCAAGAUAUCCGCGACUGGCAUGAAAAGCUGCCGCCCACGUGGCGUCCAGGCCACGAAGAAGACGUACAAAUCACUCGGGUCAAAAUCCUCCUCCGCUUCACCUACGCUCAUGUCCAGAUGAUGCUAUACCGACCCUUCAUUCAAUACUAUUCUCGUCGGCUACCGUCGCACGAAUCGGUCGACGAGCGCUAUUUUGCCCUCGCGUCAGCGGGCAUAAAUGUGUGCCGCAACAUCAUACACAUAGGGCUUGAGAUACGCAGACAGGCGGUUCUCAUAGGCCCAUACUGGUUCAUCACCUACACGCAAUUCUUUGCGGUUCUAAGCCUGUUGUUAUUUGUCUUGAACAACCCGAAACAGCCCAGGGUUUCUGAGCUCUUCGCUGACGCCAAGAUGGGCAAAGACUGCAUCUCUGGUCUGACUCAAAGGAGCCUUGCGGCAGACAGAGUGACUGUUGCACUGAACUCAAUUUUUGAUCAACUCCCUGACCAAUAUAAACCGAAAAAACCCAGAGCUCAAGGCGGUCAGACGCGAAGGGCCACAACAGGUGACUGCCAACCAUCUUCUCGCCGUCGAGACGAUCCGGUCUCCGCCCAGACUGCAAGUCCUCAGGUCGCUCAGCAGCAUCAAUGGCCCCUGGGUUCAUUCUCCGCAGAGACUCCCACCACGGCAGGCCCCAGCGCCGAACCUCGGCCCGAUUCCAUGGAUCAUUUCCCUGAACAGGUAUCGAAGCCGUUGCAGGAUGACUUCAUGGACUUUCCCUUGGAGGACCCCUUCGCAUACCCUCUGCUGCCAGGGGUAAGCCUCGCUGAGAGCGAGCUCACUGCUUUCACUGAAGACACCCUGCGGAUUCCGCUCUACAACACGGAGAUGGACAUUGAGGGACAGCUUCUUGACGUCCAGGCGCCUUUUCUUCAGAACAUUUCGCCGCUGGCGAUGUUCUCUCCAAACGCGCCGCUUGAUCCCUUGGGCGACCUUUGA